AUGCUUUCUUCUAGAAUAUUAUCAGCCCUUAAAUUAAAUUUGCUGAAACCACAUAAAAUGGCUGGAGUAACAGUACUUGUACAAAAUCAUCAAAAGCGGCUUAAAAGUGAUCUGUAUGAACCAGAUUAUCUAAUAAGUAUGGAGCCUGAUGAGCCUGUUUAUGAUUGCUUAAACUUGCAAUUAAAGGGAUAUGAUUUUGCUGUAUUGGAAGCUUGUCAAGCUGAAUUACAUCGUUUUGCAGAAGUAAUGGGUAUACAAGUUGAUGAGUGUUGGGCUACACCAGCACAGCAAUUAAAAGUCCAACGUUUCAAACCUAAAAGCACGGUAAUUGAUGCUGAGUAUAACCUUAAUGUCUAUGAACGAAAUGUUCAGGUUGUAGAUGUACCUGCGUGGGCGCUGGGUACAUUACUGCGAGUGGCAAGAGCGACAUUGCCUGAAGGCUGUACAUUGAACGUGCACGAACAUUCUAUAGAACAUGAGGAAAUUCGUUAUGUGCCUGAUAAUCAACUAAUAGAACUCAAGCAGCAACUAGAAGAAAUCGGCGGCAGCCGUACUGAAAAGAAAAAGAAGAAAUAA